UUAUACAUAGGAGUAACUGUCACUGAAAUCUGAAUGAUGAUACAGCAAAGCAAUGGAGGAAGAAUUGUUUUGCCUCGGUUAACUGUCACGGAAAUCUGAAUGAUGAUACAGCAAAGCAAUGGAGGAAGAAUUGUUUUGCCUCGGUGGUUAAGAGCCCUUUCUACCUAAUCUGAAUUUGUAUUAUGUCUCUUGUUCUUCUUGCGCAGUUUGCACAGGCUGGGUGUGGAUUACAUAGACCUCUACCAGAUACACUAGCCCGAUCGGUCUCUGGCUUAGCAUGGGUAUGUUCCUAUGUUUGGGGAAACAGAGUAUGACCCGAGCUGCCAGUACACGUCCAUUCCAACGGAAGAACAACUCGAGGCCCUUGGAAGAGCCAUAAAUGCUGGAAAGAUCAGGUACAUUGGCCUUAGUAACGAGGCUCCGUACGACCUGAUGAAGUUUCUUCAGCUGAGCAAGGACUUUCAGUUGCGUUCCAAGCUACUGACAGUGCAGAACUCAUAUAACUUGCUGUGCCGGAAUUUUGAUUCUGGAUUGGCAGAAUGCUGCCAUCACGAGAGAAUCAGCUUGCUGGCCUACAGCCCAAUGGCAAUGGGUAUACUUUCUGGAAAGUAUAACUCAUCUGAUGACUGUGGUCCACCAGAGGCAAGGAUGAAUCUUUUCAAUGGGAGAUAUUCUGAAGGCGAAUCCCAAUACAAACUUCAGAGUCCUAAAGUGAAAUUAGCUGUGAAGGAAUACACACAGAUUGCUGCGAAGUAUGGAAUUUCUCCAGCAACCUUAGCGAUAGCAUUUGUAUUGAGGCACCCACUUGUGGCAUUAGCUGUUUUUGGUGCUACUAAAUCAUGGCAGCUUUGUGAGGUUCUUCAGGCAGCUAGGAUCCAUCUCCCCGAGGAAAUUCGUGUUGAGAUCAAUGAUGUUCAUGCAAGAUACCCGAACCCUUGCCCAUAAAAUUUUUAGUAGGGAUCAUUUUUGUUUGCUGAUUGCAAUGUCAUUAUGAUUACGAUCUUAGUAGGGAUAAUUUUUGUUUGCUGAUUGCAAUGUCAUUAUGAUUAGGAACAAAGAAUGGAACAAUUUUGUUAGAGCUGAGUUAGCCAUCUUCUUAUCAUAUUCAUUCUCUAUAGCUUCGUCAAUGUUGUCAUGGAUUGUCGAAGACAUGAAAUAAAUUGUUUUAUUGUCCA